GUCGUCGCAGCGGGAGUGAGGUCAUCCGUGGGAGACGGAAGAGAGAAUUUGGGAAAGAAACGGAGCCUGGUGCGUACUACCGGAGAUUGAGCGAGGCCGUCGGGCGACUGGUUGUAGUUUAUCCGGGCGUCAGUGGCGGCGGCCGGCUCCGAGACCAGGCAGGGACACUCCAUGGUGCCUGGAUGUUCUCUCCAGGUCAGUUGUUGCGAUAGACAGGUAUUGAUCAGAAGAAUCAUGACUGAAUUGCUAGUGAAAUCCUUUCCGUUAAAAUAGAAUACUAUUUCUUUCACUUAAAUGCUGAUCGUCUGGACUUUGAAAAGUUUGGCAUAUAUAUAUAUAUAUAUAAACCGCUUCAUAGUCUGUAAGAACCAUUCUACUGGAGAAUGCUUGGCUCUCUUUGGUCUCGGCGUUGUGGCUUGGAUAGCCCUGUUCGUCUUACUCGAGCUGAAUCUACGCGAAGGGUGCUGAGUUUGGAGCUAAACAAGGACCGUGAUGUUGAACGAAUGCAUGAAAAUGGGAUCAACACUCUUGAUAUUGAACCUGUUGAGGGAAGAUACAUGCUAUCUGGUGGUUCAGAUGGUAUUAUUGUCAUUUAUGACCUUGAAAAUUUAAGUAAAACUGCAUCGUUUACAUGUAAAGCACUUUCUAAGGUGGGCAAAGGUCACCCAGACGUGCACAAAUUUAGCGUUGAGACAGUUCAGUGGUACCCUCAUGACACCGGAUUGUUUACAUCAAGUUCAUUUGAUAAGACGCUAAAGAUAUGGGACACAAAUUCAUUACAACUAGCAGAGGUCUUUCAGUUUAAUGGUAAUGUUUACAGCCACCACCUGUCUCCAUUGGCAACAAAGCAUAGCUUGAUAGCAGUCGGAACAGAAAGUCCCAAAGUACAGUUAUGUGAUUUGAAAUCUGGUUCAUGUUCACAUAUAUUGCAGGGCCAUAGAGCUGAAGUUCUGUCCGUUUGCUGGUCUCCAAGAUAUGAUUAUAUUUUAGCUACAGCAAGUGCUGACAGUAAAGUAAAACUGUGGGAUGUGCGUAAAGCUACAGGCUGCCUGAUGACCCUGGAUCAGCACAAUGGGGAAAAAUCGAAGGCUUCCUCAGAAUCUGCUAACACUGCUCACAAUGGAAGAGUUAAUGGGUUAUGUUUUACCAGUGAUGGGCUUCACCUACUGACAGUUGGCACAGAUGAUAGGAUGAGGCUGUGGAACAGUGCUUCAGGGGAAAACACCCUUGUCAAUUAUGGCAAAGUUUCAAACUAUAGCAGAAAAAGCAUAAAGUUCACUGUUUCAGUGGGUUGUAGCCCAGAUUUUGUGUUUGUACCAUAUGAUAGUACCAUUGUUGUGUACACCAUCUAUUCCGGUGAAAAAAUAAGUGUUCUGAGAGGACAUUACAAUGAUGUGGACUGCUGUGUGUUUCAGCCUCACUUUCAGGAGCUGUACAGCGGCAGCAAAGACUGUAAUGUUUUAGCAUGGGUUCCUGCAAUGCGAGAGGCUGAUCCUGAUGAAGACCUUGGGAAAUUAAGGUCACAGACCCGUCUCCAUCCUGCAUUUGAAGAUUCAUGGAGCAGUAGUGAAGAUGAAGGGUGAAGAAAAUGUUUGCAUUACAAUUAAAAAAAAAAUCCACUAUUGGA